AUGUAUCAUUGGGUAAUACCGAAACCAUUAAUUCUUGUUUAUUGUUCAUGUGCAUUACUCGACUCCCCUCAUUCUCUUCACCGUCACGAGUUUUCCUUCUUUACCUAUAUGCACGGUUCGGUGAAUUAUGAACCAGAAAAAAAGCCACCAAAGCGUGUACGAGAAUUAUUGUUGAGAAUUGAAAGUAAUGUUGGAAUUUAUUGGUCUGACACAAACCAAAAGGCGAAAAUAUAUUCAUAA